AUGGAAGAGAUUGACUUAGGGAGUGAACAACCUUCAACACCAAUUGGUUCUACAAAUGUUGAUGUUGAACAUGAUAAUACAAAUCCAAAUUUUCCUUCCUUUGAAGAAGCACUUCAAUCAGAUGCAGUAAAUCCUCCAAACAAAAGACAAAAAAGCAUUGCUUGGGAUCAAUUUGUUAAAGUUACUGUUAAUGGGAAACUGAAGGCACAAUGUAAAACUUGUAACGCAUUAUUAGGAGCAGAUCCAAAAAAUGGCACCAAAUAUUUGUUAGUACAUAGGGAGAAAUGCAUAGCUAAGGGCCAAACCGAUAUUCGCCAAAAACUUUUGGUAUCAAACUCAAAAACCGAUUUGUCUACAUAUGUCUACAAUGAGAAAGAUAGUAGAAAUGCAUUGGCUAAAAUGGUUAUAUUACACGAGUAUCCUCUUUCUAUUGUUGAGCAUGUUGGUUUUAAGAAUUUUACAAGGACCAUUCAACCUUUAUUCAAAUGCCCUUAUCGGAAUACAUUAAAAAGUGACAUUAAAAUGUGUAUGCGAUGGAAAAAAGUAAGGUUAUCCAAAAGAUUGAAAAUUUGCAAGGUAGAAUUGACAUUACAACUGAUAUGUGGACUUCGACCAAUCAAAAAAACGGUUCAUGGCUAUCACAGGUUUGUUUAUGUGCCUUGCCCACACACAAGUGAAGUUCUCACGGAUGUUUUGAUCGAUGCAUUGAUGGAGUGGAAUGUGGACACCAAAUUGUCUACUAUCACAAUGGACAAUUGUACUAAGAAUGAUGCAUUAAUCGCUUAUUGGACAACAACCCCCAAAAGAGUUGAUACAUUUGAGAGCUCAUGUCGACAACUCAAAAUACCUUACUCCAAGAAGUUAGGUUUAGAUUGCCCCACAAGAUGGAAUUCAACUUCCUUGAUGUUGAAAGUGGAAUUAAUGUAUAAGGAGGUCUUUGGGCGUUUAAAACAACGUGAUAGUCAAUACAAAACAUUGCCCAAAUCAUUAGAUUGGGAGAACGCACAAGAAAUAUGUGGGGGAUUGGAAUUGUUUUAUAAUGUCACCUCGAUCUUUUCUGGAACAAAUUAG